CAAGUACGCCUGAUAAUUUCCGUCGUGACGCAUGCGUAUUCGCUCGCGAGAAGAGAGAAAAAUUGGAAUUAGUUGAACGGAAUCUCGGAAAGCGAGUACGAGGAACGCAGUGGUGCCGUUUUAACAAUAUCACUGCGAAUACACGGAAAGUAAAAAUCCAUUAAGUCACUGUUAAUAAAAUAGAAGAAACGAAAGCUCUUUACACCGAGGUGACGCGAUUCAACGUCCAUUGGAUUGUCGAGCGACAUUGAAAAAUAUAGGAUGGCGAAGCCUGCGCAAGUUUUAAUUAUCGAGCCGGAAAACGAGCUACGAUUCAGGGGUCCGUUUACUGGAGCUCCAGUCACAUCUUACAUAAAACUAAUAAAUCCUACCUCUGACAAAGUAUAUUUUAAAAUAAAGACGACCGUACCAAAGAAAUAUUGCGUACGUCCUAAUUCUGGAGCUUUAAAGCCAAUGGAGGUCGCCGAAAUAGCAGUGUGCUUACAACCUUGUGAUUUUGAUCCAGCGGACAAAAAUAAACACAAAUUUAUGGUUCAGAGUUUAAUAGCUCCCGAUAAUGAUUCAGAUGAUUAUUUAAAUAACGAUGUCUGGAAAGAUACGAAGCCAGAGCAAUUAAUGGAUUCUAAGUUAAAGUGCGUUUUCGAGAAUCCGGUAACAACUACUGCUGCAACUAAAACAACUACAACUACUACGACAACCAGGUCGGAUACUAAUACGAAUAAUGAGAAAAAUAAAGGUACUGGUGAUUCUGUGAAAUCUUCUCCAAAGGUAUUGGAAGAAACAGAAGAGAAAUUGUUAAAAGCUGCACAAGAAGUCACUCAGCUUAGAGUAGAGGAAAGUGCUCUUAGGCAGGAGAACCUUCAACUUAGGAGAGACUUAAUGAAAUACCGAAACGCAGCAUUGGAGGAAGCUAGAGGUUUGCCCGCACAGAACAGUAAUCAGUUUUCUCCGACGUCAACUAGUUUUCUCAUUGCCGUUGCAAUGGUCAUAGUAGGCUAUUUGUUGGGAAAACUAAUCUGAGCAGUCCUUAUUCUUUAAAUAUACAUCGGCACAUCCCUUCUUCCCCUACGUUCUUAGUCUGUCCCCCUGCCAUCUUCAGACUGCAAAGACCAAUAAUUUCAGUCGUACCAUUACUUGGUUGUUCAUUAUAAAUUGUAUUAACAUAGUGGUCUGCAUUAAUAGGGCUAUUUCCUAUGGGAAUGUGCUUUGUCCGGUAAAGCAGCAUUUGAAACUUUAAAUCCUUUUUUAAGAAACGGUUUGUUAUGUUCCAACCAAGCGAUUAUUUUCCAAGCGACAACCCAACGGUUUGGUAUUGAAGUCACAUUAGUUAAUUGUUAAGCAUCUAAGAAAUGUUACUGAUUUAAGUAGAAAACUUAAAUAAAUAUCGAGUAGCAUGUCUUGGAUAAACGUUUAGGAAUUUAUGUAUUCGUUAAUAACACAUUUCCCACACAUACACUUCUUACAAAAGGAUUUUCGCUUUAAAACACUUGCCUGCGUCCUGUGUCUUUGCUACCAUGCCACCACUAAGCCGAACCGAUUACCUAUACAAAGUAUUUUCAUUUGAAGAAAUUUCAACAAAUUUUUUGACAAGUUUUUCCAAAUAGUCCAAAAAUCUACCAUUUAUUGAAUUUGAACUCUACUUUUAGAUCCGCGCUUUUAGAUCUCACUCCAAUUAAUCGCGAAUAUUCUAACAUAUUUAUAAUGACUUUUCUUUUUUUUUUUUUUUUUUUUUUUUUUUUUUAUUAAAGUAAUUGAAGAAUAUAUAAUAAUACCAUUUAAUGAGAUCAAGCAUCAUUGUAAACACUAUGUGUGUUCUAUAAAGAAUAACUCGGGCACGUUAACACUGUGAUAGGUAAUAACGCCUUAUUCAUUCAAUUGUAUUUCAUUUUGAUUUCAACAUCCAAUGUGUUAACUUGUUCAUUCUACAUUUUCUAUGUAGUUCGAUUUGCUCAAAGAUAUUUAUUUGGAAGAUACAGCAGAGAGGGAAGGGGGGCUGACUGAAUAGUAGUGGUUCGUCAUUGUCCAUACGGUAGUGGUGACUGCAUCAACCAGCAGUGGCAUAUAAUUUAAGAAGUUAAUGCAUUGAAUUUAUGACGCUUCAGUGUAAUUUUUAUUUCUUUAUGUUUGUCUUAUAAAAAUUAAAAAUAAAGAUAUCUCGGAUGUCACACUACA